AUAAUAUAUAUUAAUAGCUUAUAAAGUCAGAACGGUCCUCCUUUACGUAUUUCCUCACUUUUAUUGAUAAGAAAUUGAGCAUGAAUUAUAUACCUAAAAAUAAGUUACACUUGGAUAUAAAAGCCAAAUGAAUCUUACACUUCACAAUUAUUAUGCUUAAGCCUUUAAGCUGACAAUGUAUUGCUCUGUGAAUUUGUUAUAUAUUUUCGUCUUGGUGCUGUGUCACGAGGGAAUUGCCCAGCUUCUGGAUAAAAAAUGUGUCCCUAAUACGAAAUUCGUUGAAAAAGUAACGUAUGGCAAUCAAGCAAAAAAAGGUGUCACCCCAUGGAUGGCUCUUAUACGUGAUUCCAAGGAGUUUAUUUGUGGCGGUUCACUUAUUAACAAACGCUUUGUCAUGACAGCAGCCCAUUGCUUUAAAAAUCGACCAGAACUAUUUGUAAAAUUAGGUGUUUACGACCAAUAUUGCCCUCCAUCAAAUUGCACAGAGGUGGAAGAAUAUAAAGUAGUCGAUAGGAUUGCCUACAACGUGGACGGAGUUACUAGCGAUAUAGGACUAAUAAAACUGGACAGAGAAGUGGUCUACAAUGACUAUAUUUCGCCGAUCUGCAUCAUCCUAGAUAACACGGUAGACCCGUUGUCCGUAAAAAAAUACUCGGCCUACGGCUGGGGCAUGACGCAUAAAGGAAAACCAAGCCGAUACCUUAGAUUAUUAAGCCUGCGUCGUCGUAGUGCGACGGAAUGCAAUUCUAUGUACGAUACGUUUGAUGAAAAGGUAUUCUGCGCUGGUGGCUCAAAAGGGGACACCUGUCACGGCGACUCCGGCGGUCCUUUGAUCUCGCGUGUCAAGUACGAUGGAACAAUGAUCUACGCCCAGAUGGGGGUAAUCUCUAUUGGAUCCAGUUUCUGCGAUUCCAUGGGACUUUAUAUAGAUGUAAUGAAACAUAAAAGUUGGAUAAUGGAACACUCUCAAAAUAAAUAUUCAAGAGUGAAGAGUGUGUACUCUGUACUAAUAGGUUUAUUCAGAGCUUCAGUAAGUUUAUUCGUUAAAUGUUGUUUCAUUUUUUAAUGGUAAAAUCUAUUCGAAACAGAUGUGUACGGAAUCUUUCCCUUGUAACUAACAGAAAAACAAAUCUUAGCCAGGUAAAUUUUCUCGAUUAUAAAAAUUUAAAUAACUAUCCUUCCCUUGCAGGAUUAUCUCACAAAUAUGUUGGAGGUAAAUGAGUAGACAAAUAUUUAUUAUGGAAAGUAUAUACUUUCAGAUCCUCAUAUGAUAGCAAUUUGAAUUAAGUUUUCAAAUAAACAAAAAAAUCUUGAAAUUAACUGACCUAAAACUCUUUAUUUUGAUAAAACAAAUGAAUG